AUGCUCGUCUACAAGAAGAAAGAUCUCCCUCCUGAUCCUGUCCAUCCUACAGACUUGGAGAAGCUAGGAUUCUUCAUCAACGAUCAAGAUCAAAUCCGUCAGAUCGCCAACGCAGAGGAAGGCUUCAAAUUCAAAAUCAAUGCCAACGAGAGAUGGAACGAUGUUCGCGGCAAUUCCUUUAACGAAUGCAUCCAACGCAUCGUCACUUCUCGUCUUCAAGAAGUCGGUCUAUCAACCUUACGCCUCCCACUCGGCAGCCAGCCAAAAGAUAAACAUGUCCCUAUCCUGGUCUCCCCAAACCUUCGCACCGCAAGCCGCAUAACCCUGAUCCUGGGCAGCCCCGACCAAGAACUCGGCAUCUGGACGUACCGCAGCAUCGCAGAGCAAAGCAUCAACAAGGGAUCGAUGGUGGAAAUCGCCAGGGAGAUCCUCACCAACAAACCCGAUACUGCAUUGAUAAUUGCGAACAUGGGCCAACUUGUGUAUCACUGUGGCUCUGGACGGGCGAUGUCUCAAGGCACUUGGUUUGCGCUCCCGGUCGAAACAGCAGCGCAUCCCCCGCCGAGACAGACGUGGAGAAAUCUCAUUCCGCGAAACACGAAUUGGAGGGAACAUGCUAAAUGCAUUUUUGAGGAUGUACUGGCGCCGGAGAGUAAGAUGGUUAAUCCUGAGGCGAAGAUUGAUAUCAUUGGAGUCGAAGAGGGAGGCUUGGGUGCCGUCGAGUACUUAGUCGAGAACUGGAAAUCAUGGAAUAGCUCAAUCUCAGGCAUCUGCUUCUCCCGCCCUCAGCACCAUAAACACCACCUCGGCGUCGAGGAUGAGCUCUCUGCCAGCGACGACAUCACCGUCCCCGAAACAGGCUCCUUCGCACAUUUCAUCUCAACCCGCUCUCGCGCCUAUGUAUUGUCUGACGAACCCCUCCAAUGGCCCGUCCCCGGAACUCUUGAGCAUGGCUGCAACACAUACUCCGGCAACGAGCCCGUCAACCACGAAGACGUCAUUGUUUCUUCGUGGAAGAGUAUGUUACAGUGGUUCGACAAAGUCUACGCCGAUCCAGCAUAUGAAGAGGCCGAGUUUGUAAUCGAAGAGACGGUAGAAGAUGACGAAGGGUGGGAGAAGUGGCGAAGGGGGGAAGUUGAUGCCAUUGAUGAUAUGCAGAAAUUGGCUGUGACUGAUGAGCUGGAAUCUUAG